AUGAAGAGUGUGGAAUUCACUGGCCAAAGCGCAGGUCUUAAACGUACUGGGAAAAGUUGUCGCCUUCGGUGGUUAAACUAUCUCCGACCUGAUGUUCGGAGAGGCAAUAUAACUCCUGAAGAACAGCUCUUGAUCAUGGAAUUGCAUUCUAAAUGGGGUAACAGGUGGUCAAAAAUUGCAAGGCAACUCCCUGGAAGAACAGAUAACGAGAUAAAGAACUAUUGGAGGACUAGGAUACAAAAGCAUAUCAAGCAGCAGGGGGAAGCCGAGAGAGUUCGUGAACAGAUGAUAUCAAUUGGUAGCUGUUCGGAGACGAAUGACGACUGUGCUAUCAGCCCAUAUAGCCAAGUUUCGAAUUUUAGUAACGUCGCGGAGCCGAUGGAGAUCAGCUAUGACUAUUUUCCAUCAUCUCAAGGGGAUAUGGAGGCUAUGGGAUAUCAGCAGACAACUUGGGUUUGUGGGGAUGGGGCAAAUGACAACUGGAGCAUGGAGGAUCUUUGGUCCAUGCAAUUACUUAAUUGAAAUGUUUUCAGAGAGGAACAAGAAGUAUUGGGUUUAAAUCAUGUAUAGUUGAACUAUGAAUAAAAAUUUUCCUCUUAUAUAUAUGAUCUUUUUAUGGGA